AUGGGCAAUUCAAAGAGUAGUAAUAUGGUGGUAAACAGUGAAAAAAAUUGCGACAAAGUAGAAAAUGAUGAAGAUUUAAGUGCUGUUAAUAGUGGUAAUGAUAUAGAAAACACAAGUGUUAUUGUUAUUGGAGAUAUUUUGGAAACUGUGGACAACUCUGAUACUACAGAAAAUAUUGAAGAUAUAAAUGUAAUUAGUAAAGCAAUUUCAGAAAUUGAUAUUAAAAAUACAGGCAGUGGCAAUAUUGGUGAAGCUAUUUUGGAAUCUGAAAGUUUAAAAUCGAUUAUUGUAGAAGAUAAUAUAGAAAAUAUUGACAGAAGUGUGGUUAAUAUUGGCGAGGAUCUUCCGGGAACUAAAUCGAUUAAUACCAGACACAAAUCAUGCAAGGAAAGUGGGAAAACUUUUCGAGGAAAGCCUGGUGAAAGGAGGAAUUCAAUUUACAGCGAAAUGCAAAAUUUAAUAAUGGAAAAUGUUCUUUACAGAUCGCCCUUGUGUUGUUGUACUUACAGGGCAAGGAACCAGCAUUUAAAGCGAAAUUUUUGUGAGAAAUUGUGUCUUUUUAGACCCACUUUGUCUAACGACGAGGUGACAGUGUUUUUACUGGUAAAAAACCACGAGUUAUCCAACGGGAUAACAGAGAACAAGAAUAAAUCCUUAAAGGACUAUGAUUUCGUUACAAUAAAAACCGUUUUGGACGAAGUGGAAUAUAAAUCACCAUGUUGUGGCUGUAAAUUGACUUCAGAAAAGUUAAAAAACUGUUUUUGGAGGCUCAUAAGCAAUUUAUGUUGCUUUAACCCGCUGGUGAUGAGAAAAAUCCACGCUUUUUUCGACGUCAAAAAAUUUAUCGGCAAAAAUAAAAAACCGACCGCGUAA